UUUUUUUUUUUCUAUUAUAUACAUUUCUUUUUUAUUUAUUUUUUUUAUUUUUUUCAAAGCUCCUUAUUAGGAAAACGAUUUUAUUCAUCACAAUACAACAAUUGAUAUGCUUUAUAUUAGUAAAUCACCUUCAUAUAGUAGUCGCAACAAUAAUAUCCGAGCUCAGCUUCAUCGGGUGCCAUCAUGUAACACCAAUACUUCUCCUCCCACUAACAUUGCUAAAUCAGGAAAACGACAAGGUGAACUCUCCAAUUAA